AUGAUGGAGAACCCUCUCAACGUCUAUAAGGGCGGCGACUCGGUGCAGCGCUACUUUGACCCGGACUCGUCUCCGCCUCUGCCCUUGGUUGAGAUCCCAGCAGUUCUCAACCCAUACAAGGAAGAUGGCGUCAGGAUCUACGCCAAAAUGAUGAGCACUCAUCCCGCCAACAACGUCAAGUCUAUGCCAGGCACGGCGCCCACUGCUCUGACAUCGAGAAACGACACUGACAAGACGCAGCUUUGA